UAAGUGAAUAAAGGAGCGAAGUGAUUUUUUACUGCAGCUGCUUAGAGAUGAAGUACGUUAGCAAGCGCCAAAGAAAGCGAAAGCACUUCUAUGAUUCGGCAAAUGUGCUCGAAAGCGAUGACAAUGCUCAAUCGGGGAAACCUAAGCGUAUCACUAAGAAAACCAAAGUGAAGCGUAGCCAGAAGAAUCCGGCACAAAUUAUGGCCACUACAAAAAACUUCGCUCUGACUCCAAACCAUACCGCCGCACCUCGCCGCCCCCGUAAGGCCCUGUUGCCCACGCCACUGCUACCGCCACCACCACCACCACCCCCCGACCAGUCCUCCCACUCCGAAGGGGGCAGCAGCAGCAGCUCCAGCAGCCAGGAGAGCAGCCUGGCCAUCGGGAAUGCGAAGGACACGAGGCAGAGCAGCGGCAGCGGCGAUCUGGAGCGGGAGAGCUUGGAGCCUUCAUUGAUCCGGAUCUGCUCAAGCGGACAGGCGGAGGCAAAUGCCUCAAGUCUCCGGACAAGCCACUGA